AUGAUGCACGACUCCGGUGGUGUCCAAAUGGCGAGGGCGCUGAAGCAUGCAGCCCUGUGCCUGAUGCUGCUGCCCCGGUUCCUCCUGGCCGCCGUCAUGCUUUGGCUUUUGGAUUUCUUGUGCAUUAGGAAAAAAGUGCUGCUGAAGAUGGGAGAGGCGCAGGACAGUCCCGACGACCCACCGGUGUGCGUCUCCGACACAAAUAAGAUGUUUACCUUGGAGUCCCUCAGGGCUGUUUGGUACGGGCAGAAAUUGGACUUCCUCAAAUCUGCGCACCUCGGACGCGCUGCGCCUAAUACCGAGGUGGUGAUGGUCCAGGAACGGAGGAGGGUCCGGAUCCUGGACUGCAUGAAAGGGAAGAGACCUCUCAUUCUUAACUUUGGCAGCUGCUCCUGACCGCCGUUCAUGACGCGUCUGGCGGCGUUUCAGCGCGUCGUCAACCAGUACGCAGAUAUUGCGGACUUUUUAGUUGUAUAUAUCGAAGAGGCGCAUCCGUCAGACGGUUGGGUGAGCACAGACGCGCCUUAUCAGAUCCCCAAGCACCGCUGUUUGGAGGACAGACUGAGAGCCGCUCAGCUGAUGCUGGCGGAGGUGCCCGGCAGUAACAUAGUGGUGGAUGACAUGGAUAACUCAUCCAACGCCGCGUACGGAGCCUACUUUGAAAGACUUUACAUAGUGAGGGAUGAGAGAGUGGUGUACCAGGGAGGCAGAGGGCCAGAGGGAUACCGGAUUUCGGAGCUCAGGAACUGGCUGGAGGAAUACAGGAACGAUCUGGUGAAUUCCCAAACAGCGGUGCUCCAUGUGUAGUAGAAUAGAAGAAGAUGCUGAACUGCUGCUGCUCUGCCCAUUCCGCUUUCAAGUGUCCAACUCACAGUGCAAAAGAUUCAGAUGCUGCUAUAUCCAAUGUUCACACACGGCACAUCAUGUUGUUUUGACAUGCGUUGAGAUGUGAAAGAGACUCUGAAAAAAAAAAAAUAGCCUAAAAGUCGUGUUGAAGCCUGA